CAGCUCACUCUUUCUACACAAAUGAACUUCACUUACCUACUUCUCUCUCUCUCCCUCGCUUUUCUCUCUCUCUAGAAACAUCCAUAAUUGGCCGCCGUUGAUCAACUGCUGCAACUGUUGUUCUAGUCGGCAGGGGCUGCGCGGCCACUCCCAUCCGCCGUUACUCUACGUUGUAGUUCUCUGAAUGCUAAUGCUGUUCGCGGUUCGCUCUCUGGGGUACUGAUUUUCCUACUCUUGGUACCCAGCAUACCACAAUGCACUUCCCGGACCUCACUCGAAAAGCCCUAAUUUACUUUACGCAAUGUUCAUUUUGAAAUUUUUGCUGGCUUGUGGAGCGUCGGGAAACCCUAACACUAGUUGUGAUAAUGUCUGGACCGCCGAUGGUGCAAUCGAUGAACUUCGCCGAACCGGAGGAUAGACCUGUGCUGGGACCUACGGGAAAUAAGGCCAGAUCCGUGGAAUUGAGGAAGCCGAUUCUGAAGCCGAAGAGUGAAAAGACACGACAGUCCCCCGAGGCGGACAAGGGGAAGAAGCCCCCGGCGACGUUGCAUUCGCCGGAAAUUACGACGGAGAAAAUCCCGUCUCCGGUGGGUUUUAGGAGGAAUGCAAGCAGUGCAGCCUCGAUUCUGAGGCAGCGGCAGCCGAAUUUGUCGCUGAAUGCUUCGUGUUCUUCAGAUGCUUCGACGGAUUCUUCGCACAGUAGGGCAUCAACAGGGAGGAUCGGCCGGCGGACUGGGACUUCUACUCCACCUCUAAAGAAGAAACAGCAAUUUAGCCCGAAAGGCGAGAGAAUUGAGAAAAUGGCGGGAAAUGGGAAAAGUGUUGGGGGUGAGAGUGAGGGUAUAGAGUGCGAUGGUUCUUUGGUUAAGAAAAGGUGUGCUUGGGUGACUUCCAAUACUGACCCAUCAUAUGCCGCUUUCCAUGAUGAAGAAUGGGGACUUCCUGUCCAUGAUGACAAGAAACUUUUCGAGCUGCUUAGCUUUUCUACUGCGUUGGCUGAACUAACAUGGCCUGUCAUUCUUAGCAAAAGGCCUAUAUUCAGAGAUGUUUUUCUGGACUUUGAUCCAAUUGCUGUCUCAAAAUUAAAUGACAAGAAAAUUGCUACACAAGGGAGUCCUGCAAGCUCUCUUCUCUCUGAACUAAAGCUGCGAGCAAUUAUUGAAAAUGCACGUCAAAUCUGUAAGAUAAUAGAUGAGGUUGGGUCUUUUGACAAAUACAUUUGGGGUUUUGUUAACUACAAGCCUAUAGUUGGUAAUUUCCGCUAUCCUCGGCAAGUUCCAAUCAAGACAUCAAAAGCAGACACCAUAAGCAAAGACCUUGUUAGAAGGGGACUUCGAGGAGUUGGUCCAACAGUUGUCUACUCAUUUAUGCAAGUGGCUGGAAUUACAAAUGACCAUCUCAUCAAUUGUUUCAGAUACCAGGAUUGUAUAGCUGCGGGUGACUUGAGGGAUAAGAAUGAGGGCAUUACGUCCAAUAAUGAAGAGAAUCCACCCGAAGAUCUCAGAGAGUUGGAGUUAGUUAGAGAUAUUGAUGAUUUGAACUUGUCCAGAUUGCAUCAUAGCGCUUGAGAUGUAGAGGAUAAUCUUAUUUAUGAGGAUCAAUCACUCGUGAUUCUUGCUUCAAUCUGUUUACCAUAUUACAGACAGACAGAGAGAGGAGAGAGAGAAGGAGCAUUUCGGACUAUAUCCUUUUAGUUAGCAGAUCUCAUUAGUUUUCUGCAUGCGUAUAGCAAGCAUGCUCAUCUUCUGUUAAUUGGAGGUCUUGAUCGUCUCGUAAUCUUUGAAAGCCAAGAAAGUAGAGGUUUCGGAAAUAGUAUCAUUUUUUAAGGCAAAGAUGCACGGACUUACACCCUCAAUGCUUUUCACAUUCUCGGACUACCUUAAAUUGUUGCAACUUUUUGUGCGUUCCCCUGCGCUCUGUAUUGCCCAUUUGUUUUCGUUAUUCCCCAAGAUUUCCGUACAUGUUCUUGUAUAUCCACUAGUUUAAACAAUAUUGUAUGACUGUUUGACACAUAAUAAACAACUGAAUUAGCUGAAGAUUUGGCACACUUCCAUGUGGAAUCUUUGGCUUAAUCAACUUUCUUUUAAAUCAUAAACCGAA